AUGUCUCCUUCGGUGGUAGCUGAGGCUACAGGGCUAAAUGAUGAAUUACGGAUCCUGGCGAGCGGGUUUGUUGCUCUCCUGGAGAUUGCACAAAAACUGACUCGCCAGGAGCAAGAACUUCAGAGUCGGUUGCAGUAUGCUUUUGAUGAGUACCAGAAACUCGCGAGCAAACUUCCUGAAGACUCAGAUAAUAAGCUAGAUAUAACCAUAGGCCCUGCCCAUGAUCUUUCGAGCUUUGAUGACACUGCCACUGACAAUGUCGAAUGGGUCACCAGUAUGGAGAAAGCAGGCUACAUAUCCUCUACAGAUACAAAGAACGUCACGGAGAGUUUAGAAAUCUCGACUGCUGCCUUACGCAAGCUAGAAAAUACACAAGACCUCAGUACUUUGCGAACUUGCCCCUUUGGUCAUGGAAAGCGUAGAACUUCGAUGGAACUUGAUUUCACGACAAAUGGUAUCAAGGGUGCUCUAGAUUGCCCCUUCAAUAAAUCCACCAAACCGCUCGCUGCCGGAGAACAGGGAGAUAUAAAUGGUGAAAGAUGUCAGAAUGAUAAUGGAGACCCUAUUAAAUUGGAGAAGAUUGGGGAUGGAACCGCUUCAACAACACGAUCUGUACACUCUUCAGCAGCACGCUGCCCCAUCCGGUACCUGGGAGACCACUCUCCUGAGGAACUGGCCGAGUACUUUCAGAACCACAAGCAUGAGAUUCCACGAAGUCACUCAAUUUGUAUCCGACGGUAUCAGAAUAAUCCACAGACCAGUCGUCAAAUUGAUGCCAAAUAUGGUAAUGUGAUCAAUAUGGUGAAAGGGCUAGGCGAAUACCACCAACCGUAUCUAUCAACUCCCCAUGAAAUAGAUGAGACUAGACAAGCGGAUGCUGGCGUUGGUGUUAGAUCGAGUUCAGUUGAGCGAGUCGAAAAAUGGGCAGAAGACGUGAGCAAUAAAUCUCCUCCCGCAGGCUCAACGUCACCUGAGGAAAUUGAAAUUGCUGCGCCCGCUCCCGAAGAACACCAAGCUCUCGCCAAUGGCGAUGAUGAACGAGAAGGUCAUUUCGAACGCCCUCUUCGUGAUGUUCGAGUUGGAGAAUCACCGAGUCGUCCAUGGGGUAUCCAUGUCCCUCCCGAACAACCCACAAUAGACCACCCCUUCAACAUACCACCCGAAUCACACUAUGAGAAGCCGGAGGAGGUAGAAGAAGACCCAACGAUGCUAUUACCUUCUCAAGGCCGUUUAAGUCCUCUUGGCCAGGCAUCUACUUUCGGAAAUGACGCUGAAGCGGAUGCCGAUGCCAACGUCACUCUUGGUGCAACGGUGGAGGACUUACCUCCUGAGCCUGAAAUAGACGAACCAAGCAGCCAUGUCCACUCACAUCAAAUGCCACAUACAAAUACACACACGAAUACCUAUUCUGUUCCACGAUCGAAUCUCUCCCCUGACGCGCCCAUUGCCCAUAUACCCAACCCGCAGCCGAGAAUGGUGUUUAACGGUCCUGUAUUCUUCGGAUAUACGGCCGAGGCAGCCGCCCUCCUUUUGGAGAAGAUGGGUCACAAAUAG